AUGUCCUUCUUCCGCCUCAACAUCCUCCGCCCCGCCCUCUCCUCCUCAGCCCACCUUCCCCGCGCUCAGGUAUUCUCCUCUUCAGCCUCUUCAAGACCAUCCCUCCUCUCCCUCUCCUCCGCUUCCUCACCACUCGCUUCAUUACGCUUCCGUCAACAAAGAUUACCGCUCGGGGGUGCUGUAGAGGGGAUGGAAUUGGGUGGGAGGAGGGAAUUCGCGUGGUCAAGGGUGGUGGAGGCCAACCCGCAGAAACAGACCAAGCUGAAGAGCCAUUCGUCGAGUAAGAAGAGGUUCUUUGCGAAUGCCAAAGGGAUGUUUAAGCGUGCCCAAGCUGGAAAAGCUCAUCUCAACACCCCUCUCUCCUCUUCCUCGAUAAACAGGCUCGCCAAAGGCGUCAGAGUAACCACUACUCAGGCGAGGAAGCUGAGGAAGCUUUUGCCUUUUGCUUAG